UAAUUCAGUGUGAUCUUUUGAAGAAAGAUGACUGUUCAUCUCUCAGAAAAAAAGGGCAACGUUUUACCUGACUUCCUGCAUCUGAAUGACUUGGGAUGCGAAUCUGUAGGAGGGAAGGUUUUAUUUGCAACGGAUGACUUUUUUGCUCCUGCAGAAAAUCUCUUAAAGAAACAAAGACCAGCAUAUCAUGCAGACCUAUUCACCGAGUUUGGGAAAUGGAGGGAUGGAUGGGAAACCAGGAGGAAGCGCAUUCCAGGUCAUGAUUGGUGUAUCAUUCAACUGGGGGUGCCAGGUAUGAUUUAUGGGUUUGAGGCAGACACAUCUUACUUUGGUGGAAACUGCGCUCCUCAGAUAUCGAUCCAAGCUGCUUGCUUGAAGCCAGAGGAGGUACCAGCGCUGCCAGCAAGAGGGAACAGAAUAGGAACAGCCGCUUCGGAUGAAGAGCUGAGGAUUGUCAAGGAGAUGAGGUCAGAUGAAUGGACUUCCUUAGUUCCCAUCUCAAAGAUAAAAUCAGGAAACCUUGAUGCUGCCCAAAACUAUUUUGUUGCAACUUCGAAGCAAAAAUGGACACAUCUAAGACUCAACAUAUAUCCAGAUGGUGGAAUUGCACGUUUAAAAGUGUACGGCACAAUGCAGAGAGUAUGGCCACUCUCUGGCCUGAACCACUUGAGUGAUUUGGUGGCAAUGGUGAACGGAGGUGUCUGUGUUGGAUACAGUGAUGCUCAGUUAGGCCAUCCUGGGAAUAUUUUAGGACCAGGAAGAGCAAAGUCCAUGAAAGAUGGAUGGGAAACAGGUAGAAGUCUGCAAAGGCCACCCAUUUUAAAGCUUGGUGACAAAGGAAUCUUACUCGUACCAGGAAGUGAAUGGGCAGUCUUUCGAUUGGGACAUUCAGGUGUUAUAACGCACAUAGAAAUAGACACCAGUCACUUUAAAGGAAACUUUCCAGAUACAUUUAAACUUGAGGCCUGUAUUUUGAGUACACAAGAAGAAAAUGAAUAUAACGCACAAAAGUGGACUUUGGCGCAAGGUCCAAAAUGGAACACACUGGUACCUGCAACAAAGCUUAAACCUCAUACAAGACAUUUUUUUGAUGGUACUGCCAUAAAGAUGCUGGAUGUGUUUACUCAUGUGAAACUUACUUUUGCUCCUGAUGGAGGUGUAAGUAGGAUGCGUCUCUGGGGAUUUCCACGGGCCCUGCCAGACACGAGGAAGUAAAAAUGUUCUCAUGGAAAAGGCUCUGCAGAAUUUCACUCAUGGUUAAUACAAGCCCGAAUACAAUUCAUCUAUCUGCAUUCAUUGAAUUAUACAGUUUUCCACAUCAUUGGUUCAAAUGCAACAAUUUGUUACGGUUGUACAAUAACAUCAUUUCUCUGGCUGAAUGAAUAAUUUACAUAUAUA